UUUAACGAUAAAUAUGUUAAAUUUAAUUUAGUCCACUUAGACAUAAACCAAAUUUAAAAUGGAAAAGUCAUUUUGAAACUGUCUCAAAUAUAACCAAAAGCAAAACGACAUCAUUUUUACAGUUUUCUAGAUCAUUUUUACAGGUUUUCUAGUAAUAUACAAAUAUCUUGAUAGGAUGUAAAUGCAUUUUUAUAAAUCACAAUGACUAAUCAUGUAGUACUAUAAUUCUUCAAAGGAUUUUUAGAAAAUUAAAUCUUCGAUAUGCAGUAGCUUUUUUUUUUUUGAACGGCAUAUGUAGUAGCUGUAGCAGUAACUCUGGAGGAGUAGCUGUGUCACACGUAGUCGGCCCCUAUUUCUCUUCUUCUAAAUCGUGAAGUAAACAAUGUGGAAACUGAAGAUCGCAGAGGGAGGGAGUCCAUGGCUGCGUUCGACAAACGAUCACAUCGGCCGACAAUUUUGGGAGUUUGAUCCCACGCUAGGGUCCCUUGAGGAACUCGCAGAUAUCGAGAAAGUUCGACAGACCUUUCAUGAAAAUCGGUUUGAGAAAAAACACAGUUCAGAUCUGCUUAUGCGCAGUCAGUUUGCAAAAGAGAAGUCACUCUCUGUAUUUCCACCUAGAGUGAACAUAAAAGAUGCUGAAGAUAUCACAGAGGAGAAAGUAACAAACGUCUUACGAAGAGCUAUUGGUUUCCAUUCAACCCUCCAGGCAGAUGAUGGGCAUUGGCCAGGAGACUAUGGAGGCCCUAUGUUUUUAUUGCCUGGUUUGGUUAUUACUCUAACCAUUACUGGGGCACUGAAUGCAGUCUUAUCUAAAGAGCAUAAACGGGAGAUGUGCCGUUACCUUUACAAUCAUCAGAAUAGAGAUGGUGGAUGGGGUCUACACAUCGAGGGUCAUAGCACCAUGUUUGGUAGUGCCUUGAACUAUGUCACUUUGAGAUUGCUGGGUGAAGGAGCUAAUGAUGGAGAAGGGGGGGCGAUGGAGAAGGGGCGGAAGUGGAUUUUGGAUCACGGUGGUGCCACUUCAAUAACAUCUUGGGGAAAGUUUUGGCUUUCAGUACUUGGGGUAUUUGAGUGGUCUGGAAAUAAUCCGUUGCCCCCUGAGAUGUGGGUCCUUCCAUAUUUCCUUCCCGUGCAUCCAGGUAGGAUGUGGUGUCACUGCCGGAUGGUGUAUCUGCCUAUGUCGUACUUAUAUGGGAAGAGGUUUGUUGGACCUAUCACAUCUACGGUUCUGGCCUUGAGAAAGGAGCUGUUUACAGUCCCCUAUCAUGACAUAGAUUGGAAUGAUGCACGCAACCUCUGUGCCAAGGAAGAUCUUUACUACCCUCACCCACUCAUCCAAGACAUACUUUGGGCAACUCUUGACAAGUUUGUGGAGCCUAUACUGAUGAGAUGGCCUGGGAAGAAGCUGAGAGAGAAGGCUCUUCGCACUGCGAUGGAACACAUCCAUUAUGAGGAUGAUAAUACUCGCUAUAUAUGCAUAGGACCUGUAAACAAGGUGUUAAAUAUGCUCUGCUGCUGGGCAGAAGAUCCAAACUCAGAGGCUUUCAAGCUACACCUCCCUAGGAUACAUGAUUAUCUUUGGCUUGCUGAAGAUGGCAUGAAAAUGCAGGGUUACAAUGGUAGUCAACUUUGGGAUACCGCGUUCACCGUUCAAGCAAUUAUUUCUACAAACCUCAUCGAAGAGUUUGGUCCAACACUGAAAAAAGGACACAUGUUCAUAAAGAAGUCACAGGUGUUGGAUAACUGCCCUGGCGAUCUUGAUUAUUGGUAUCGUCAUAUUUCAAAAGGUGCUUGGCCUUUCUCAACGGCAGAUCACGGAUGGCCCAUUUCAGAUUGUACUGCAGAAGGGCUCAAGGCGGCACUCUUGCUUUCAAAAUUGCCAUCAAAAAUCGUUGACGAGCCACUGGAUGCAAAACGGCUAUAUGAUGCUGUCAAUGUUAUUUUAUCUUUACAGAAUUCUGAUGGUAGUUUUGCAACAUAUGAACUUACAAGAUCCUACAGCUGGUUGGAGUUGGUGAAUCCUGCUGAAACUUUUGGUGACAUUGUUAUUGACUACCCAUAUGUAGAGUGCACCUCGGCUGCGAUUCAAGCUCUGGUGGCAUUCAAGAGAUUGUACCCUGGGCAUAGGCGAGAAGAGGUACAGCGUUGUAUUGAUAAAUCUGCCGCCUUUAUCGAAAAAAUCCAAGCACCAGAUGGUUCAUGGUAUGGUUCGUGGGCAGUUUGCUUCACGUAUGGCACAUGGUUUGGAGUGAAAGGCUUAGUGGCUGCUGGAAGGAACUUCUCUAACUGCUUUAGCAUUCGCAAGGCUUGUAACUUUUUGUUGUCCAAACAACUUGCUUCUGGGGGAUGGGGGGAGAGCUACCUCUCUUGUCAGAACAAGGUGUACACCAAUCUCGAGGGAAAUCGCUCUCACGUGGUAAACACAGGAUGGGCUAUGCUAGCUCUCAUUGAUGCUGAGCAGGCCAAGAGAGAUCCAACGCCAUUGCACCGUGCAGCAAGAGUAUUGAUUAAUUCUCAGAUGGAAAAUGGAGAUUUUCCACAACAGGAGAUCAUGGGGGUUUUUAACAGGAAUUGCAUGAUUACUUAUGCUGCCUACAGAAACAUCUUCCCUAUUUGGGCAUUAGGAGAAUACAGAUGUCGAGUACUUCAGGAGAAAUCCAUGCUAAGCUAAAUUAAAAUUCUAUAUGUGUUAGAACUUAAUCUUUUAUUCACAUUCAAAUCGACAAGAAAGGUUUGAAAUGGUCUCUUUUAUUAUAACUAUUCAAUGCUGAUGUGUUUGAGCAACUGAAAGGAUGAGGUGGUUCUGUCAAAAAAAAAAAAAAGAUUUCUUGUUUUCAUUGAUUUUUUUGUAAGGUUUUAGAUAUUUACAUUGUUGGGGACCACCUUUCUAGUUGAGUAUCACGUUAAUUAUAUUUAUAUUGUGUGCUCGGUUGGUUGAAUACUCUUCUGCUUUCAUAACUGCAAAUUUGUACAUUAAAUUGUAUCUCUAUCAUAUAUAUACAUAGUCGUUCCAGUUCCA